UAGCUAUUGAUGUCGGUAGCUAUUGAUGCUAGUCACCGUACUCAUCGUGGUUUUUAUUUUUUCCUGGAACACUUUCAUUUUAUGCCCUAAUUUUGUAGGUCUCUACGUUGACAUUUGCAAUUCAUAUUUUUAUAAAUUAACUAUUUGAUUGAUUAAAAAGAAUGGCUCCGAAAAAUAAAAAGAAAAAUAGCUUUUAUUUUUUCAUGAAGGAAAUGCAAGAAACAGAAGCUGCUAAAGGAAUAAGAAUUACCAUGGAGAAUAUGCCUCAAAUAGCUCAUCCUAUUUGGGCAAGACUGUCUGUAGCUGAAAAACAGCCAUAUGAAAAACUCGCAGAGAAACAUAAAAAUGAUCCUUGCCUCCGUGGUGGCAAAUUAGCUUCUGAUGGAACUCGAGUAGAAGUAAUUUAUGUUACAAAAUUUACUUUGUUAAACUAUAGCAACCUUAUGUUUUUUAUCACUUAUAUUUUUCUAGAAUUUACGUCGAGAAGGCCAUUUUAUUUUAUUGCUUUUAAUCUCAUGUGUAAAACAGAAACACAUUAUUACCCUAAUGAAGUUGGCUUAGUGGAAUAUUCAAUCAAAAAUGGAAUUCACAGAGAGUACCACAAGAUCAUUUAUCCAGGUCGUAUUCCCACUGGUUAUGCUGGCGAAGCGAAACGUUUAAGUGAAGUACAUGAAAUUGAUAUUUAUGGAGAAAGCUGCAGCGAAAGAAAUCUGAAGAAAGUGUAUGAUGAAAUUAAAGAGUUUACUAAUCCUGAUAAUUCUGAUGAAUAUCCACCUCUUUUUUGUAUUGAUGAAAUGAUAGAAGGAAACUAUGGAUGUCUUGAUUUCUUAGCUGAUGUAUCUCGUGAAAAAAAUUGGUUUGACAUUUGGGAUGCAACUAAUCUUUUAGUGAGUCUCAGAGGGGGUGCGGAUGCUGAGAUUCAGGCUCCAAUUGCCCGUGAUCUUCUUACGAAAACUAGUUUUAACUAUCAUCCUAGUGCAAGAUGUGAGUUUCAUGAAGACAAAGAUAAUCAUAAUUGUGCUUUGGCCUAUUGCAAGCGUCUUUGUUAUCUGCUCUCUGAUGCUGUGUGCUUACAAUAUGAUGUUGAAAUAACUGAAAGCCACAUGCCAGCCAUAUCAUCUGAAGAUAAGCCUUACACAGUUAUUAUUUCAAAUGAUCCACCUAAGCUAAGUCGUAACAACUACAAUCCUCCUCUACCAUUAGACAGUCGAAGCACCUAUUAUUCUGGUACAGAAAGUGAAGUUGAUCAGUUCUCUGAUAUUCAGAGUGACAUUCAAAGUGUGGUAUCUUCAUCUGUAACUAGUGGCCAUAGACAACCAGCAUCAACUUGCAUGUCUGCUCAGAUGGCUCGAUUAAGACUAAACAUGACACCAGCCACAGCUCCUGGUCAUGGAAUUGGAAGGGGUCAAAAGCGAGACUAGAUUAAACUUGUAAUCCCAACUUAUCACUGUGAUAUCAGUAAUUUUUAAGGUCAUAAAAGAUCUUGUUUGUUGUUGUGAAAAAGAGAUUUCUAUAAUUCAUUCAUAUCUAUCGCAUUUUCAUUUCAUGGUUGUACAUUUUCCAUUAUUUUUAAUUUAGCCAAAUUGUCUAUAAAUGAUAUAGUAAAUAUCUUUUAAUGCCAGAACUUGUGCAUUUGUAAAAGCUAAUUUUAAAAUGUUUUGAAAUGGUGCCUUCCUUGAGCUUGUAAUGUUGAACUCUUGAAAUGGUUGUAUAUCUGCAUUUAGUAAAUACUUGAGCAAUUAUGAAUCAAAAUGUAGUUUUUAAUUGGCUUAAGGUUUUAAAUUUUAAUUAUGUUGGUUAUUGCAUUCAAUUUGCCUAGCUGCCAUAUAUAUCAGGAUUAAAAAUACAUUUUAAUUAGUUUGCAUUUAUCUUAAUUUUAUAAUUACAAAAAUAUAUGAUACAGUUCAUCAAACAGUUAGAAAGAUGUCAAUUAAAUUUCGAAUCACUACUAAUGAACGCUCUGUAAAUUUUAAAGUAUCUUGUAUGUUAAUAAGCAUAUUAAUAUAAUAAUGCUACAAAUAAAUAUUUUUUGUUAUAUUUUAGUGACCUGUAAGAUUUAAAAAGUAUCUGAACUUCGAUGGUAAUUUUUCCUGUAACUAAUUUAAAUUGAAUAGCCAUAUAAUUUAUGUAUAUUUUAUUUACUUUUCACUUAUGAUGAAUCAUUAAAUGUAGAAUUUAUUUUCUAAUUUUGGUUUUAUUUUUAAGAAAGUAAAGUAAUACUGUUCUCUACUUUUAACAUUGAUAUAUUUUUGGUUGCUCAUAAUUGCUGAAAAUGUUUUUCAAUAUUUUUUUUACAAAUAUAAUUAAAAUGUGAUUAAGUUUAUUUUAUGUUUAAUAAUAAGUCUUAAUUAAUGAAACUCAUAUUAUAACUUUUCUUUUUUACUAAAUAUGAAAAAAUUUAUUUAUUUUAUACUUUUAUUUAAAAAAUUAUUUUUUAACCUUUAAUUCAGCAAACAUAAGACAGCAUAGUUUAUUAAAUUAAAAAAAGAAAAAAAUUUAAAAAAUGCUGGUAAAAUAAAAAUGUAAAAUCAAAGUCAUUUUGACUGCAGACGUGGAAAAGCCAUUUAUAAAUUUACUGUGAAUUGUGGAUAAUUUUCAUGCCUCUAUUUUAAUUAAUCUUUUAUAUUUGUUUCUUUAAUAAAUUUUGUUUAAUUGUAAUUAAGGUUGAUUGUAAUAAAGAAUGUGUCUAAAGUAAA